AUGUCCUUUGAGUGUCAGCAGUACGGCAAGCAUUUUAGCCGAGCAGGACACCUAAGGACUCAUGAAAGAGCCCACACUGGGGAAAAGCCUUUCGAAUGUAAACAGUGUGGCAAGUGUUUUAGUCAAGCAGGAAACCUAAGGAAUCAUGAAAGAGUUCACACUGGGGAAAAGCCUUUUGAAUGUAGAGAGUGUGGCAAGUGCUUUAGCGUAGCAGGACACUUAACUUGUCAUAAGAGAGUUCAUACUGGGGAAAAGCCUUUUGAAUGUAAACAGUGUGGCAAGUGUUUUACUCAAGCAGGAAACCUAAGGCAUCAUGAAAGAGUUCACACUGGGGAAAAGCCUUACAAGUGUAAACAGUGUGACAAGUGUUUUAGUCAAGCAGGAGACCUAAGGAGUCAUGAAAGAGUUCACACAGGGGAUAAGCCUUAUGAAUGUAAACAGUGUGGCAAAUGUUUUAGUCAACCGGGAACCCUAAAGAUUCAUGGAAGACUUCACACUGGGGAAAAGCCUCAUGAGUGCAAACGGUGUGGCAAGUGUUUUAAUGAAGUAGGAAACCUAAGGAAACAUGAAAGAGUUCACACUGGACAAAAGCCUUAUGAAUGUAAAGAGUGUGGCAAAUGUUUUAGUCAAGCAAGAAGCCUAAAGAUUCAUGGAAGAGUUCAUACUGGGGAAAAGCCUUAUGAAUGUAAACAGUGUGGCAAAUGUUUUAGUCAGACAGGGAGCCUAAAGACUCAUGGAAGACUUCACAGUGGGGAAAAGCCUUAUGAGUGCAAACAGUGUGGCAAGUGUUUUAAUGAAGUAGGACACCUAAGGGGUCAUGAAAGAGUUCACACUGGGGAAAAGCCUUAUGAAUGUAAACAGUGUGGCAAAUGUUUUAGUCACACAGGGAGCCUAAAGAUUCAUGGAAGACUUCACUCUGGGGAAAAGCCUUAUGAGUGCAAACAGUGUGGCAAGUGUUUUAAUGAAGUAGGAAACCUAAGGAUUCAUGAAAGAGUUCACACUGGGGAAAAGCCUUAUGAAUGUAAACAGUGUGGAAAGUGUUUUAGCAGUUCAUACCUACUAAGGCGUCAUGAAAGAGUUCACAGUGGGGAAAAGCCUUACGAAUGUAAGCAGUGUGGGAAGUGUUUUAGACUCGCAGAACGCCUAAGGAUUCAUGAAAGAGUUCACACUGGGAAAAAGCCUUACGAAUGUAAGCAGUGUGGCAAGUGUUUUAGUCAAGCAGGACACCUUACCGGACAUAAAAGAGUUCACACUGGGGAAAAGCCUUAUGAAUGUAAACAGUGUGGCAAGUGCUUUAGUGUAGCAGGAAACCUAAGGACUCAUGAAAGAGUUCACACUGGGGAAAAGCCUUACGAAUGUAAACACUGUAGCAAGUGUUUUAGCCAACUAGCUAACCUGAGGAAGCAUGAAAGAAUCCACACUCUAUUAAAGUCGUGUGAAUUUUCCAAGAACAACAAAAGUCUGUCUAAAGGUUUGGAAUCAUGUAAACGGAAGAGAACAGGAGGAAAAAACGUUGACUUUAGGGCCACAGGCUCUACAAACAACCUGCGAACACACAGAGAGACUGGAAACAGUGGCGUAGCAGACCCGCAAUCAGUUAUCACUGAGAAACACUGCUGCUGGAUUUGUCAAGAGGAAAUGAGUAGCGAGGCUCUUCUUCUUCAACACUAUGAACAUCAUAUGACCUAUGUUUGUGAAGACGAUUCAUCAAGUUAAAAUGCGUUUCAGUUCUUGUAAGUUUUUCUACUUUUGGUUUCCCUCGGUUCUUUGACAACAUUUUGUGGUUUCAACUGUAAACUUUUGGUUUUGUUUAUUUAGCUUGUUACUUUCAUACCUGUGAUUCAUUUCAUGCUUACGUUGAUCAGGUACUAUAUGUAUGAACGAUGAAAGAACAGCUUAUGUGUUAGUUAUCAAGAAAAAAACCCAGGUUUUAGCCUCACUUACAGCGGAUUAUAAGUGGUUUGUCUUCUUCAUACCAUUUACGGUAAUUGAUAUAAUAACUGAAGAGUUUCUGAAAUCACAGCUGUGAGAACAUUGACAAUAAAAACAGCACUGUAGCAUAUGGACGAAUUCCUUAAGAAAUCUUAAUCCAUGAUUCAUCAAGCGAGAAGUCAUAACUACAUGCCUUUGGAGAAUUUCCAUUGGUAUUUAAUUUAACAAAUUGGCAAUUUUUGUAUGGUCUGUACUCUUAAAGUUAUCGAUCAUGAGAAUGACGUCAAGGUGUUCAAAACGCUAAUGGAGCCACCAGCCGUGACGAGAAGUUUCACUGCAAGGUUUUGAACAUUGUGAUGUCAUUUCUAUGAAAAGUUGUUCUCGUUUUGUUUCGGUUUGUUUUUUUUUUACAAUGAAAUUGACAGUUUUUGAUGUCCAUUUUCUUGGAAGUUUCUCGGAAAGUGGCACGCACAAGAAAGAGAGAAACAAAUCGCGCCACCAUCACGCCAUUUUAGUUUUUCCCUCUUGCAAACAGCUCAGCUGAACCAUGGAUAACAGAAGAAAAUAGAAGUGCACCUUCUAUUUUUCUUUGGGAGCAGUGUUUAUGUUUAUUUCAGAGGUGAUUUACUUUGUUUCAUCCUAAAAAUAGGUCAGUAUUUGUAUAGGUAAUAGCAUGAUUUGUUUUUAUUUUAGUGAUAUUUGGCAUAAAUACCACGGAUGAUAUUUCGAAAUUGUUAUACGUAAUUUCACGAGUCGUUAGGCAAGUGAAAUUUGAGACAAUUUUGAGAUAUCACGAGUGGCAUUUAUGCCAAAUGUCACAUACAAAUCAUGCUAUAUUUGUUUAUACUACUACCCGCAAUAGUUUUGUAAUUUUCACCAUAGUCUCUCCAACAGAGAGACUAUGUUCAAAUUAAACUGAAAUACCACUGGUCUAAGCCAAUCAAAUUCCAGAAAUUUCUCAUGUAGUAGUAUAACAAAGAUAAUAUAAUUCUAAGUUUUGUUACAAAGCCUUAUGGAAGACAAGUGUUUCCUCACGAAAGAAGUGAAGGUUCUACUAUUAACCAGAAGAGUUUGCUUCCCAGUUGUAUUCUAGUAGUUAACAAUUAACCGUUUUCAAGAGAUCAUUAUAGGACCUGUCCUAUUAUGGCUCUUGCCGUUUUACAAUACUAUUUUUAAAAGCGUUGCAGUUCGCUUUUUCAAAGACCUGACUGAAAAGUACCUUGGGUCUUUGUGCAUUUAUGACCAUUUAUACCUGAAAAUAACAAAACAGCUUGCUUCACUAUGAAAAUUGAUUUGAAAAAGUUGGAAACAGCGUUUCCACGGUGGUCAGCAAGCAAAUUUCCCUUCUCUGUUAGGAAUUUUUUAUCCCUACUUUUUAUACAUUUCUGAAAUACGGCUUUUUGUCACUGGUUGUCCGUAAAUAAAUCUGAAUGGAAAAUUAUAAGCCUGUUUGAACUGGGUACUUAAAACAUCAAGCCUCGUACAGUUUUACCGCUAAUAAAAUCAUUUUGUCAAGGGUUGUUAUAACCUGUUAUUAUUAAGACCCUGUUUACAUGGAGUGGGGGACCCCGGUCAAGUGGGAUAGGUUUCUUUUGCUUUGUGUCCCCCAGAGCGUGAAAACAAAAGAAACCAACCCCACCAGCUAGACCGGGGUCCCCCACUCCAUGUAAACAGGCCCUAAAAGUCCCUAAAGAACAUAUGUGGGGGAGGCGAAAUGCAUUGUAGUUAAAAGUAUUUUAAUACGUUAUAUAAACCAUAUAUAAACCACCUUAAAAAGUGGUUUAUAUAAAAUCUGCCAACCGAAUUGGAACAUCUAUAGCUUUGAUCUCAUUGACAUUGCAGUUGGAGUUUUGUCUGCUAAAACAAGCAAACAAAGCAGCUUUGGGUCCCCAGUCCCCACGGGUUUUUGAACACUCCCCAGAUUUCUCUCACAAUGUGAAAUCAAGAUGGCGGCCAUCGCAUCAUUUCAUUUGUGAAUCCUUCAGCUCUUGGUUUCAUCUUAUUUUCCCUCGUGUUAUUUGAUUAAAACUUCAAGGUCUUGUUACUAAAGGUAAGGCAGUCUUACAUACAUAAUGGGUACGUUAGUUGUGAUAGUGAAAUGCUGAUUCGGUACUGAUCACGAACACACUGAUGACUUGAAAUGAACUAGACCAAAGAAUAGACGCUCAUUUAUAAACUGCGUGACCUCGGGCUUCCUUUGAGCAAAUUUUCCAUGUAUAAAAGAGUUCACAUUAGUAAGAUGGUUUUAUAUUUUAUGCUUUCAAGCAUAUUACGUUACUUUGUAGGGUAAGAUACAUUUUGAUCGACAUGCCAUCAAAAUAUGAAAAGGAUUUGUAUAAUAAUUUGUGGUUGAGGAAAGUACGGCAAUGUAAGUCGAACGCUUACUAAAAAGUGGAGGGCGAUCAGAAAGACAACAAAUUUACAGUACAGUAUGUGGUCCUUCGUUCGCGUGUAAAAGUCAUUAACUUGAAUAUCUUACCCGAAUCUUCACGUAACGAGCUGAAAUACUCCCAGAAGAUAGCUUUUAUAUUCCUGUCGAUAAUCCUGAAGCUUCAAGUUCCAGACAUAAAUGUUUUGCUUGGAAUUCGCAAAAAGGCGACCGUUUUCGAUGGUCCUUGGUCCGGGAAUCUGGUCCUUGGUCCGAGUCUCAGGUAAGCAGCACGAUAAAAACGUAAAAAUGUUAUAGUUUCCACACGAAAACGUGAUUUUCACAGUAUUUCUCGAAUUUUUUUUUUUCUUGAUGCAAUUAAGUUAAAGUUUUUUCGGAAGAUGUUGUGAGUAUAAAAUAAUCGGCUUUUCUUUCAAAGACUUCAGACAACAGUCUCCUCUAGUCUCCCACAUGAGCGUUGACAAGCGGUUUUUAGCAAGGUCGAUAAUAAUUACCAAAAACUCUAUAUGUAUUCAAGGUAUUGAAAAAAGAGAACUUGUCGACAUGUAUAGGGAUGAUUUUCAAAACAUUCUUCAAAAACAAAGGUGGUCUCUUUUUACUUUGGGAAGUUUUAUUCAACCAAGGUCAUAGGUCGCGGAUCAAGGACCCCUAAGCGAAAUUUGGCGAUAUUUUUCAAGAGUCGCUAAAACAAAAAAUUCAGAGUCUACAGCAAUAUGCUUUCAACAGCAGAAAUAAGUUGAUCUGGAAACCUGUUCUGCAAAAAGGCAAGUCUUCCCGUUGCGCUAUUAUUAUUCGCAGGCUAAGUAAACAUGACCACGUAAUUUACGGUGCUGCAAAAAUCCAAACUUCAAGGUAGACAAAUUAACCUACCUGUCAACAAACUUUAAUUUCGCAUCUUCACCUGCAGCAAGAAAGCUGAAUAUGAAAGAAUGGUAAUCAGUAACUCACGAUAUCUUUCAUUAUUUAACGUAUUUUUUUUCUUGACGAAAUAUUUUAUCAUUUUCGGAAAAGUCGUGGACCAACGGCAUUGCGGACUUGCGCGGACCAAGGACACACAUACUGUACCACUCAAAAGUAAGUUACCAGUCGCGUCUCUUUUCUUGCGUGACGAGAAUCACGUAGCGCGAGAAUUAUUGAUGCAGCAAUUUUUGGCAUAAAUUGUUGAUGACACAUUCAGCGAGAAACCAACCAAAAUUUUGUUGUAGCCUUACCUUAAAGACUGAGGUAAAUGGGUGUUAGAUGUUUGGUUAAGUUCCUUUCGAGAACCUUUCCUUUAACUUCUCAACACUGUUUAAGGUGGCCGACUGUUUAAGGUGGUGAGUUGCGUUUUUCAGAAUGAAAGAUUCAACCGAUUUCUAUGAUUUUUGGCAUCCUUAAUAAACAAUAAUGGAACUUUAAGAAAAUGUUAUUUAUUUUCUUGUAGGUAUAAGAACCUUUGAGAUAUCGGCAUAUAUUUAAAACCGCAUUUUUACGAAAAAUGUAAAUAACUUCGAAAUCCCACAACAGAUUUUUCCCUAACUUCAGCAAAUAAGCCUUAGAGCUCUCUAGUUUUACGUCUGCAACUUUGAAGGCAAUUGUGACCAUAGAACUCACUGCAAAAAAUGCUGGUCAAAUUUAACCUUAAAAUGCUACGCUAACACAUUUGUGAAAGUUGACACACAAAUAGAGGAAGACUGCCAACACACUAUCUCCUAUCUGAAAGGAUAUUCCUACCUAAAGCUUUAUUGCAAGAAACAGGGCAAUCAGAAACUUAAUUACGGCAAAUACAGUUAACACUUUAAGAAGAACAAUUUUGAGCUGAGUGCCUCACAUCACAUGUGCACGGGCAAUUUACUGUUGGGGAUAAUGAGAACAAUAGGAUGAUUGUCAUAUUUGUCUUCAUCUUUAUUCCCAAGUGGUAAACUUCCCGUGCGAAUGUGAUGGCAAGUCUAAAGAGCUUGAAUAAAUUACCAAAUACAAGGGUUUUCAUUGUAGCUGAAAAAUGGAUGGUUAGAAGUACUGAAGUUUGUGGCGUUAUUUCUCUUCAAAACAGGAACCUUUGACGCUAAAAACUCUUGACAGUUUUUCGUAGAUGCUAUAUUAUACACUUAAUGUCAGAUCCCGAGGGAGACAGUUAGUUUUAUUUUCCCAAGAGUCCUGAUGUUUCCCGAGACGAAGUCGAGGGAAACAUCAGGACUCGAGGGAAAACAAAACUAACUGGUUUCUCGAGGGACCUGACAUUAAGUGUUUUGUUAUAUUCUAGACGUUCACUUCAAUGUACUUCAACAGCAACAAAAUAAUGCGCUUAAGAGGAGUGAAUCAAAACAGUACGACUCGGUACUUAUAAGAACACAAAUUUAAUUCUCAAAACCACUGCAUGAAUGAUUUAAAAAGUACUUUCCUUAUAUUAUCUACAUCUUCCUCCACUAGCUGCUGUUUCUCUUCUGGGAUAACUUUGAAAAUCGUUGCUUUUUAGCUUGAGGCUUCAUGUUUGUGUUGUUGUGAAUGUUGUUGUGUUCAUUCACGUAACAGAAAACUGGCAGUGUUUUUCCCGCCUUCUGUCACGCCACUUUCCACCAUGCUCUGAUCACAUGCUGUAAUGUAUCCCGAGCGGGGUACAUUGCUUGAUGUAUCACGAUCGGGAUACAUUUGAUUUUAGUCAAGGCCACGUGACCAAGAAUCAGCCAAUGGCUGUCCCUGUUUAGUUGAGUGAAAGUCUAGGAAUUUAACAAUUUGCUUUGUUAAGAUUUGUUUCCAAAAGAGAGGGACAAGUGCAACUUAAGUUUGAUGAAUAGAAGUUUUUUAAUAUUACUGCGCACUCGGCAUAAAGUUGUUCUUCUUGUAGUGCUAACUAUGUUCACUGUAGGUUUCUGAUCACUGUUUCUGACAAUAAAGCUUUAGGUAGGAAUAUCCUUUCAGAUAGGAGAUAUAGUCUGUCGGCACUCUACCUCUAUUCGUGCGUCAACUUUCACAACGAUGUUUUAGCAUAGUAUUUGAAGGUUUAAUUUGACCAGCAUUUUGUGCAGCAAGUUCUACGGUCACGAUUGCCUUCAAACUUGCAGAUGUAAAACUAGAGAGCUCUGAGGCUUAUUUGCUGAAGUUAGGGAAAAAUCUGUCGUGGGAUUUUGAAGUUAUUUACAUUUUUAGUAAAAAGGAGGUAUUAAAUAUAUGCUGGUAUCUCAAAGGUUUUUAUAUCUACAAGAAAACAAAUAGCAUUUUCUUUAAGUUCUAUCAAUAAUUAUUUGGUAUGCCAGAAAUCAUAGAAAUCGGUUGAGUCUUUCAUUCUGAAAAACGCAAACCAAAAACAUAACCAGUAUCCAUAUUAAUAGGUUCGAACCACCUUAUUGGAGUUUCUGACUUUUCUGAUUUGUUAGCAAUUGACAUUCCACUCUACAUUAUUUUGAUCAUGAUGUUUGGUUUACCAAAACAUGAAAGCCGCUUCUAGUUUCUGUGAUUUUUUGGAAUGAACAAACCAACGUGAAAGGAAUCAAAUAUACUGCAAAUUGCUAGCGUUGAGUCUCUUAACAAAAAAUGAAGCUCUUGUGAUCACAGGCGGCCCAGACGUAGUAUGUGUCACUGAAUGAAUAUAUUAAUAUCCACAUGGACAAAUUAUUGCGAUGAGUCGUCGAAACUCCCAUGGACUAAAAUAGUCUAAAAGUCAAAAUAUAACAAAACAAAGCUAAGAUACCUUUAACUGAACGUAUCCUUGUCUUUCCUGGCCGGUUUAAGCGGCAUUUUGUUGAGUUUUGAAAUUGUAGGUACUAUCCACUAAAGAAGAAUUAAAGGCUGGCUACAAAACAAACAGACCAUCUCCACGCGCCUUCACACGAAGCGCUAUAAAUUCGAGAAUAAUCGACGAAUCUGCUCCAAAUAACCAUCGGCUAAUUUGCAGGUAACGUGUGCUCCUGCUUCUGGCUCGCUUGCUCCACAAAACCCAUCGCAACUGCACAAUAAUUGCUCGCUCAUCAACAACCACUGUUGACCUUUACGCUUCGAUAUGACCGCAAACGACCAGGUUUAAUACGCGUCGUGACACGACGUGAAUAUUCAAGCUUAGCGACCGCGUUCGCGCAACAAUGCAGCACUUGCUAUGGGAGGGAUGGUACUAUUGCUUCUAGGUCAAUCGACUGACCGAAGGUUAGCUGCGUUAGUUUUGACCAGAAAACAAAAGGCGAUUGCGGGACCGUCCGUAAGUUUUCAACAGGGCAGCCCUGGUUUUCAAGUUCGAAUUCUUCUAACGUUCGCUGUCUCAGCUGCUGUCACAUUGUUCGUCCAGCCGCUUGCAUAGGUUCUUGACUCUACCAGACUUAUUUGCUUAGAUUAACAACGUCUUACUCCAUAAUAUGUUGUCCAAACUGGUGAAGGAGGACGAGAAUUUUCCGCCCAGGAAAAAGGCAAAAUCUGGCCCCCGCUAUGCAGCUGAAUAGAAGAUACAGCUGAAGAUAUCGUAAAGUAAAAUUUAUGUGCGCGAUAUCUUUUUUUAUUAUUAUUAUUAUUAUUCUCAAAACUCAGGGGCACCCAACGAUGAUUUCCCCCUAAAGGCAUUGAAAACACAUUUAAGGCUGUCCAGAGUACUUUUGCAUGCAUUCUAAACAGCGCUUACAUAAAUUUAGUCAGGAGGGCUAAAAGCGAAGCUAAUGAUUUAUAGUUUGCUCAUACUAAAUAUAAAAUAUAUCGUGUAAUGCUAAGCGGAGAAGGCAACGAGACAGGGCCACCCAACGACUGUUUCCUCAAAUACUUUCAAUUGAAAACACUUCUGUAGCUAUUCAUAAAGUACUUUUAGCUCUAUAGAAAUGCAUUCUAAGUGGCGCUAUAAAAUUUGCAUCUCAGUGUUCGGCCAUUCUAGAGGAACUUGAGUCUUUUCAAAAUUACGAGGAAUUCAGAAUUAUUUUCCCAAAAAUUUUAGAUGCAAUUUAACGUAUUACGAAGGAGAUAAUUUUUCAGAUACCUUCUUUCAUCACAUUUUUGAAUCCGAAAAUUUUAGGAUUCCAUUUUACUCUCUACAAAAAAUAGCCUAACCCGGUGAGUGAAAUGUGAAAAAUUAAAAGUUGGAUGCCCUUGACCAGAACUGUGAAAAACAACAAUAGGUCUAAUUGCAGCACACUUUCUUGUACAUUUCCUUGCCGUUGAUUUGCAUGACUUCAACGUGAAACGUCCAGAAAACUUCCUGGUUUUCACUUUUUAUGGAGAAAAUGUGGUAUAUGUUCUUGUUCACUUUUUCCACUGCUGCUCAUUUUUUUUAGGUCCGCUAUAAGAUUCAUAUCUGUUCGGUGCUCCUUGGGCAAAUUGGAUCUUUUUAAAAAUUACAUGGGCUUCAAUAUUAUUUUCCCGAUUGAUUGACCUGGAAGCAAUAGUACCAUCCCUCCCAUAGCAAGUGCUGCAUUGUUGCGCGAACGCGGUCGCUAAGCUUGAAUAUUCACGUCGCGUCACGACGCGUAUUAAACCUGGUCGUUUGCGGUCAUAUCGAAGCGUAAAGGUCAACAGUGGUUGUUGAUGAGCGAACAAUUAUUGUGCAGUUGCGAUGGGUUUUGUGGAGCAAGCGAGCCAGAAGCAGGAGCACACGUUACCUGCAAAUUAGCCGAUGGUUAUUUGGAGCAGAUUCGUCGAUUAUUCUCGAAUUUAUAGCGCUUCGUGUGAAGGCGCGUGGAGAUGGUCUGCUUGUUUUGUAGCCAGCCUUUAAUUCUUCUUUAGUGGAUAGUACCUACAAUUUCAAAACUCAACAAAAUGCCGCUUAAACCGGCCAGGAAAGACAAGGAUACGUUCAGUUAAAGGUAUCUUAGCUUUGUUUUGUUAUAUUUUGACUUUUAGACUAUUUUAGUCCAUGGGAGUUUCGACGACUCAUCGCAAUAAUUUGUCCAUGUGGAUAUUAAUAUAUUCAUUCAGUGACACAUACUACGUCUGGGCCGCCUGUGUUGUGAUGUGUGUAGUUGUAGUUCACACAUUGUGGCAACUUUCGCUGACGAGAUAUCAACGGCAUCUUUAUUAAAAAUUCAACUCGGCUUAAAAUCAUGAAAAUGUUAGCUUAAUUUGUUGUUUGUAGCUUUUCACGCCAGUUUCUUCUUGAUUUAUGAAUCAAAAUUGUCUUGAGUUUAGCAAAUUACAGGGGCCAGAGAAGACAACAGUGCAUUUGCUGAAUAGCAUUUUUUGUGUGACAGCAAAUCAAAAAUUUGCUCAGGUUCAAAAUGUGUAAUUUUUAAAAAACCUACUCCUUAAGUACUGUUUUUGCAUACUACACAUUAUGAAAAGAUUCAGUUUUCAGUGCGUCAAUAAACUUAUUGGCUUAAACUUUAAAAACAGCUCAACGAACUGUAAAGUUUUCAAAUAUCCAAUAUAGAUUUCUUCCAGUAGAGUUCGCUGGAACAUCCAUUUGUCUAAAGGAAGUCAAAAUCUAUGACAGCGCUUUUGGAAGCCUUGCCAAUCAGUCUAAAAUUCAUUUCAGCUUGAAGAGUUUAACAAAACCUGCAGGCAGUUACAAGUGAAGAUAAAUUUUGUGUCAUCUCAAAGUUUUUAGUGGAAAAAUGUAGUUUUCAAGGUGGUGCAGUGGUUUUAGAGUGACUUUUUUAAAUGCAUGUUUUGCACAAAUACAUAAAUACUGAUACUCCACAAAGUAAAUUAUACUCAACAGUCUUCAGGAUGCAUAAGUAAAAACUUGUACGCAUGUUAGUUUUGGUAAAGCUUUACCACUGAUUCUUGGAAUCGCUCAAGAAUUCUGGCCAUGAUACUUACAGUUUUUAUGCCAUGGUGCGCUGUGUUAAUCGCAUAGCGCACUACAGGAACAGUGGCGGAUCCAGGCCUUGAGAUAACGGGGGGGCCUGGUCUCGUAAUACACACCCCCUGAUUAUAGAGAAACCUAUGUAUGUUUCUUUGGAGUCCUUAUUAACCAGGUUCCUUUCUUGUUGCUGGAAUAGCAGAAAUUUAACUACAGCUGGGCCCCUUCACUUUUGUGAGAGAGGUCUGCCUUGUAUGUGUGUGUGUGUUUUCUGCCCACAGGCAGAUCCUUUUUAUAGUUCUCAAUCUAAGGCCUGCUGUUUGACCACAUAUGGGCCGCCAUCUGUUGCUCUAUCCAGCAUUCCCACUCCGUGUCUUCUAGGUGGUCUCUCUUCCCAUGCGUUGGGUUAUGACCAAGCCAGGCUCUCUGUCCUCUGUAGAGGUGCCCAAAUACCAUAAUUAGAGGAAGUUAUCAUGCUACCCUCUCCAGCCCCCCCUUUUUUAAAUUAAAAAGUGAUUGACUGUAUUUAUUGAUCAUGACUAUUAUACUUUAUGUGGAGUCACUCAGUAUGGUUUAUUUUGCUGGAAGUUCAGAUUUGUUUUUGAUCUUCAGUUGCCCAACAUACUCUACUUAACUGUACAUUUCAAUUUGUUAUAAAAAAAUUAAUUCCAUCUCCUGGUUGGUUGGUUGUUUUCUGGUACAAACAGGAAGUGAGAACUGUGACACUAGUCGUAUUCUUCCUUGUUGCUAUUGGUGAUGGGUUUCGCUACAUUAAAUAACCUCCCCCCCUCUCGGUAUGUCCCGCCCACCCAACUAUCCUCAAGCUUGCUUUAAAUAAAUAUCCCAAGGAGCUUAAUAGAGUGCUGAUUGAUUGUAAGAUAGGUUCCACUAUACUGUAUUGUCUGUAUUUAUGCGCUAUGAUGAGCCUUUAUCGCCAAUAAUUAUUGUAAGUGUGUGUUAUUUUACAAAACACAGGGGACUCUCUGAUCUGAAUACAAAGUCAAUGUUAGAUUAACUGACUCCUGUUUUUAGGUGUGCUGUCAGAUGGUGCGUGGUCAGAAACCACCUAUUUCUUGAGCCGUUGUUCUUUACAAUAAUAAUUAUUUCUGAUUUAUUUUCCAAAUAUCCCUCUCAACUUUUAAACUAUUUGUUACAGACCUUGUUUUCAUUAGCUGGCCACAACGUUUGUUCAAUGCCUUGCCGAAAAAAAUACAAAGAAUGUUACAUUUGCCUAAUAAUGUUUGUGCUUCCUGUUAAAAGGUACCCUAACCAUAACACAUUAAAAGAGGAACAAGCCCAAUGUCCUUUGAGUGCCAGCAGUGUGGCAAGUAUUUUAGCCAAGCAAGACAGCUAAGGACUCAUGAAAGAGUCCACACUGGGGAAAAGCCUUAUGAAUGUAAACAGUGUGGCAAGAGCUUUAGCACAGGUGGAGACCUAAGUAGUCAUAAUCGAGUUCACACUGGUGAGAAACCUUUUGACUGUAAACAGUGUGGCAAGUGUUUUAGUCAAGCAGGACACUUACGUCGUCAUACGAGAGUUCACACUGGGGAAAAACCUUUUGAAUGUAAACAGUGUGGGAAGUGCUUUAGCCGAGCAGAAGAACUAAAGAAUCAUGAAAGGGUUCACACUGGGGAAAAGCCUUUCGAAUGUAAACAGUGUGGCAAGUAUUUUAGUCAAGCAGGAAACCUAAGGAGUCAUGAAAGAGUUCACACUGGGGAAAGGCCUUUUGAAUGUAAACAGUGUGGCAAGUAUUUUAGUCAAGCAGGACACUUAACUCGUCAUAAGAGAGUUCAUACUGGGGAAAAGCCUUUUGAAUGUAACCAGUGCGGCAAAUGUUUUAGCCAAACAGCCCACUUAAGGAAUCAUAAACGAGUUCACGCUGGUGAGAAACCUUAUGAAUGUAAACGGUGUGGCAAGUGCUUUAGCACAGCAAGAGACCUAAGGAGUCAUGAAAGAGUUCACACUGGGGAAAAGCCUUUUGAAUGUAAACAGUGUGGGAAGUGCUUUAGUCAAGCAAAAAACCUAAGGAUGCAUGAAAGAGUUCACACUGGGGAAAAGCCUUAUGAAUGUAAACAGUGUGGCAAGUUUUUUCACCAAGCAAACACGCUAAGGAAUCAUAAGAGAGUUCACACUGGGGAAAAGCCAUUUGAAUGUAAACAGUGUGGCAAAUGUUUUAGCCAAACAGUUCACCUAAGGAUUCAUAAACGAGUUCACACUGGUGAGAAACCUUAUGAAUGUAAACAGUGUGGAAAGCGUUUUAGCCAAUCAUGGAACCUGAGGACACAUAAACGAGUUCACACUGGUGAGAAACCUUACGAAUGUAAACACUGUGGGAAGUCUUUUAACGAAGCAAGUAACCUGAGGAAGCAUGAAAGAAUCCACACUCUAUUAAAGUCGCUUAAAUUUUCCCAGAAAAACGAGAUUCUGUCUAAACGUUUGGAAUCAUGUAAGCUGAAGAGAGCUUGGGGUAAAAAGGUUGAUCUUAGGGCCACAGACUUUACAAACAACCUGGCAACACACAGAGAGACUGGAAAAAGUGGUGUAGCAGACCAGCAAUCAGUCAUUAAUGAGAAACACAGCUGUUGGAUUUGUCAAGAGGAGAUGAGUAGUGAGGCAUUUCUUCUUCAACACUAUGAACAUCAUAUGACCUAUGUUUAUGAAGACGAUUCUUAAAGUUAAAAUGCGUUUCAGUUCUUGUAAGUUCUUUUCGGUUCUUUGGCAAAAGUUUUCUAGUUUCAACUUGAAACGUUUGGUUUUGUUUAAAGUUUGUUACUUUCAUACCUGGGAUUCAUUUCAUGCAUACAAUUAUCAGGAACUACAAGUAUGAACGAUAAAAGAACAGCUUAUGUGUCUUAAACAAACUAAAACCCAGGUUUUAGCCUCACUUACAGAGGGUUAUAAGUGGUUUGUCUUCUACAUACCAUUUACGGUAAUUAAUAUAACAACUGAAGUGUUUCUGAACCCACAGCUGUAAGAACAAAAUAAAAACAAGACUAUAGCAUAUGGACGAAAGUGAAAAAAGCAUUCCUUAAAAAAAUCUCAUUCCAUGAUUCGUAAAGCGAGAAGUGAUUUAAUAAUGCAUGCCUUUGGAGAACUUUCGUCGGUACUUACCGUAUUUAUUCGAUUAACCGCCCUGGGCGCUUAUUAAAUUUUUGGACCUUGAGAGUUGGCACGUAUUCGAGGUUGGCGCUUAUUCGAGGCGGGGCGCUUAUUAAAUUUUCACCAUUUUCAGCAAGUGUAGUAUGUUUAUUUUGCAACAAAACAAUAAAUGCUAAGAACAAAACGCGGAGAAGUAACAAAGCAAGGUUUCUGUAAAAUACUCUGAAGUCCUCGGGGAAGUCACUUGAUGGUAUUGCUCGGGGAAGUCCUCGGGGAAGUCUCUUAUUAGAAUUUAUUCACUCAAGUGGGUAGGGUGGCGGUGAGCACUUAUUUGAGUUUGAUUGGAAGGAGGAGGGGGUGGGCGCUUAUUAACUUUUUCUGCCUUUAGGAUGAGCGCUUAUUCGAGGUGGGCGCUAAUGUAAGGUUGCGCGCCUAUUCGAAUAAAUACGGAAAUUUUUGAAAGUUUCUUGGAAAAUAGCGCGCGUAAGAAAAAGAAAAGCAAAUUGCGCCAUCAUCACACUUAGUUAUUGUAAAAAGGUCCCUGUGACUUGUCGGGAAAAGAAAGGCCGUACACAGCAAAUAAACAGGUUUAAUGUCCACAAUCCUAUCCACGAGUACAUCUAGAAGUAAUAGAAAACUGAACAAAAACAAAAUUAAAACGUUCCCUCUCUUUGUCAUCCUCGGAGGUUUGGCGACAAUAGUUAAAACGAAGCGACAAUAAGACAUCAUAUAGCAGUCAAAAAUUUUCUCAACGUUCUCGACAGGUAUCUAUUAAGUCGUACACUUUACAAUAAAGCGCCCCAUACCAAAGUCACUUGAUGGUAUUGCUUUGUGGUCGAUGUAAUAACUUCUAAAAUCCAAGAAAAGAAAGCCAAUUGUUAAAUGUAUCAUUCUGGGCAUGAAUAGCUACUGGAAACACGCAUAGAGAAUUGCUCUAAAAAUUAGAGGACUACACCUGCAGAAAUCUCGAAAGGGAGAGGAAGCCCCCAUAAUACCCCGCCCAGGGACAGAGCAAUGAAGGGCAUUAGACAGCCUCUUUGAGGUAGCCUGUACUCUGUUAGCUUUCGACUAUGUUUAUAAUAGAUUUUGCAAGUGUAAAAUAUGUAAUGAGGACGCGAGCGAAUCGAGCGUGGAGCCCUCACCCCUUGCGCUCGCGGGCAAUAAAUCCCGUGCGGCGCUCGGCGACCUCUAAAGAGAAAUAGAGGGUGUGUGAUCAGGCAUUUUCGAGGAGGCCAGGCUAAGGGGAACCAGGGGGGACUUUGAAACUCAAUAAGGGGGAUUAAAUUCAGGUUUACUCUUCAUUUUUAAGUUACUAGUACACCUUUUGCUGUUCAUUACGAGAAAAUACGCGUUCAUUUGCGUGAAAAGGCGACCAACAGCGCGAAGAUACAUUCAUUAGCGCGAAAAAGCGAACAUUUGCGCGUAAAUCAGUUUCAAUAACGAUUUUUACAUUUUAAUCAACAUUCAAUAACAUUUUUGGGCAUUCAUUUGCGUCAUUCGACAUACAAAAGAGAAAAAUAUACUUUCAUUAACGCCAACAUUCGAGUCAUUAACAUUAUCUUGAAAAUCAUUAGGGACAAUAGACAAACAUCUAAGUGCAAACGCUAUUCAUUAACAUUUUUAUGACACUGUUUGUAAUUCAAUAGCAUUCAUGGACAGCUUUAGAAUGGAUGAGACAAACAUUAAUGCGCUUGUACAAUCAAUUGAGCGUUCUUUACAUUUAAUAUACAAAAAUAUAUUUUCAAUUAAACAAUACCAAUUUCCCCCCAAAAUUGGCCUGAAUUUGUUUAACGAAUCACGCCGUACUUCGCCACUGUGUGUUCGUCGACGGCUGCGGCUAUUCAUUUACCCUAGACGGCCAGAAGUCAUGGUGGGGCGCGACAGGGAGUGGAGGGCGUACCGCCAAGUGUGCGGCCAACGAGGACGAAACUUGACUAUGACCAUGGCAAUAUUAAUUACCUAUCAUGUGUUUUUCUCGGGAGCUGCUGGAGUAAUGAAUACUGUGUCGGUUUUUCGGUGACUUUCUACCACGGGCGAGGAAAAAAUGGAUCCCGAUAAGUCGGCAGUCUUUGGGUAUGACGGGGUGCCUGGCAGUCACCUAGAUUUGGCCAUUCCCGCUCCAUACGUACACAGCUUAUGCGUCCCCCCUCGACAUCAAACCUACCUCCCAAAAUGUUUAAAUAGCGAGGUUUUUAAGGGAUAUACAUUUAACGGACGGAAAUUCAGGCCAAAUUUGUUUGAAUUUCUAUUGUUUGAUUGAAAAUCGAUUUUUGUACAUUAAAUGUAAAGAACACUCAAUUGAUUGUACAAGCACAUUAAUGUUUGUCUUAUCCAUCCUAAGGUUGUCCAGGAAUGCUAUUGAAUUGCAAUCGGUGUCGUAAAAAUGUUAAUGAAUAGUGUUUGCACUUUAAUGUAUGUCAGUUGUCCCUAUUGACUUUCAAGAUGGUAUUAAUGACUUUGAUGUUGGCCUUAAUGAAAGUAUAUUUCUCUCUUUUGUAUGCCCAAUGACGCAUAUGAAUGCCCAAAAGUGUUAUUGAAUGUUGAUUAAAAUGCAAAAAUCGUAAUUGAAUCUGAUUUAUGCGCAAAUGUUCGUAUUUUCGCGCUAAUGAAUGUAUCUUCGCACUAUUGGUCGCCGUUUCACGCAAAAGACUGCGUAUUUUCUCGUAAUGAACAGCAAAAGGUGUACUUGAACUUUACCUCACGGGCUCUCCACAGAGUGCGCGUGCUGCUGUUUCGUGAGCUUUUUCCCGACUCCCCCAAACGGAGAGCUUGCUUACAAGCAAUAUGGAAGGGGAGGAAUUUCACUGGUUGAAAUAAAAUGAAAGGCCAAAGAAAUCUGUCGUUUCGGACCUUAAGAAGGCCUUAAAAGUCUUAAAAGAUACAUUUUAUGGCUGUGAGUCCAGGUUGAUUUCCACUGACGCGUUUUUGGCUACGCACGUUAACGCACGUAAAUUUCAAUCACGUAAGUAAUGUAGAGGCAACAUAUAAAGCGCUGAGAUUAAACGUGAAGUUGAGCGAGGUUCAACUUUUACGCUUACGAGCGACUGUUCGUGCAUUGCGUCUAUUUUAUUUGCCAACGUAAAUUUUACACGUACGUAAAAAUUACGCCGCAGUGGAAAUCAACCCUAAGUCGAUUUUUUGCGGGUUUAUUCAUAUUGUUUUUUUAAAAAAGUGUAUUUAUUACAGUUUAAUGGGGUGCAGAGUUUAAACUACAAGGUAUGUAAAAGGGAUACCAAUUGUCAAUAGAAAGUAAUCGAAAUGGGUACCUUUUCUGCAGGGCGGAGCCUAGAGGUGAAAAGAUUUUCUUCAGUAUAUACCUCCCCUCGGGAUUUGACCUUUUUGAAAUCCAAUAGACUGCGUAGUAAGCGUUUCCAAUAAAGUUAUUGCGCAAAAGUUGGAGGGGGAGCAAAAAAAAAAUGGAAGGGGGAGGGAAGUUAUACCAACUUUGACAACUUUCUCGGCGAACUCGGCAGGAAGGCUUGAUCCGCAGGCUUGGAUUCCAAUAACUUCUUAGUGGAGAAGUCAAAUUGGACUGUUCUUGUGCUGGAUCAGACAGAAGCUUAAGUUGACCGUGUUAUCAAAACCUUUCGCUACUUUUUUCACAAAUGUCCAGUGCUGGCCACAAGAUCCCUACUUUCCUUUUUCAUCCUUAGUUCCACACUUCUCAGUGGUGUGGAAGUGUCGAAAAGUCUGACAAAGUAAGGAUAUUGUCGCACUUUUCCCACAAGCACUAACCCCUUGUAAAUCUUUACUUAGUUCCACACUUCUCAGAGGUGUGGAAGUGUGGAAAAGUCUGACAAAGUAAGGAUAUAGUCUCACUUUUCCCCCUGUUAAGAACCCCUUGUCAUUCUUUACUUAGUUCUACACUUCUCAGAGGUGUGGAAGUGUGGAAAAGUCCGACAAAGUAAGGAUAAUGUCACACUUUUCCCCAGUCAUGAACCCUUUGUCAUUCUUUACUUAGUUCCACACUUCUCAGAGGUGUGGAAGUGUGGAAAAGUCCGACAAAGUAAGGAUAUUGUCGCACUUUUCCCCCUGUUAAGAACCCCUUGUCAUUCUUUACUUAGUUCUACAUUUCUCAGAGGUGUGGAAGUGUGGAAAAGUCUGACAAAGUCAGGAUAAUGUCACACUUUUCCCCUGGUCAUACGAAACCACUGUCAUUCUUUACUCAGUUCUACACUUCUCAGAGGUGUGGAGGUGUGGAAAAGUCUGAGAAAGUAAGGAUAUUGUCGCACUUUUCCCCCUGUUAAGAACCCCUUGUCAUUCUUUACUUAGUUCUACACUUCUCAGAGGUGUGGAAGUGUGGAAAAGUCUGACAAAGUCAGGAUAAUGUCACACUUUCCCCUGGUCAUACGAAACCACUGUCAUUCUUUACUUAGUUCUACACUUCUCAGAGGUGUGGAAGUAUGAAAUAGUCUGACAGAGUCAGGAUAUUGUCGCACUUUCCCCCCAGUCACGAAUCCCUUGACAUUCUUUCCUUAGUUACACUCCUAUGUAUGAAAUGAGAAUAAAGCGCAGUGGGAGUAUUUGUUGGUUUUAUUCCUGCAACUCGUUUUACAUCUUUUUAAAUGCUAUUUUAAGUUUAGACAACAAUUCUAUGACUAGAAGAUAUUAGCCUUGUUUCACUGCUAUCUGUUUGAAUACCCGACCAUAAAACAAGCCUACGUUUUCUCUGUCACGAAGUCCCCGUCAGUCCUUUAUCUUCGUUUUUUUAUUUAUUUAUUUUUCAAGGGAAACCUCAACAACGUCAUCUCAUCUAUGGAUUUUUAUGUUUGAAAUUUUUCAUCUUAAUGUGCCAUAUAUGAGACGUCUUAUUCUGGGUUUUUCUCCUUCCUAUAAAUCUAUUCGGCUGACUCAAUGUCGUACCCGAUUCAAACCUUUUGGGUAUAAAACGUCUUGGUUUAGGAAUUUCCAUAUCAUUUAAAUGUGAAUGCCACAUUAUAACGCAAAUACAAUACACAAAGAACCUUAACCCCAGGAGCUUUUAAUUGGGUACAACAGUCAGGUCUCUUAAGAUCGUGACAACGCUAAAAAUAGGCAGUAAAGAAUGCAGAGUAUGUGCGUUCUAUCUUCCUCGCUUUAAGAUCAACUCGAUACAGUUUAUAAAUGCUCAAAUCAAUUCUUCUUGUUCUAUUCCUUCAUCACGUUCAUGACCUAAAUUGGUCUAAAAAUAUACAGCAUUCUGUAUAAAGUAAUAAUUGUGACUUAUCGGCCUAGAGUAGCUACCUGCAGAUCUCUCUGCGGAAAAGGGGGAUCACUGUUUACUUGCGUGUUAUAGGGUUGGCAAUAUUUAUGUUAUCUCUGCGGCACGUGACAAUACUAAAAUAUUUGCAUGGUCCACCCUCCUCUUCGUCUUUAGAGAGUCACCCUUAGGUGAAUUCUUUUUCGAUGUUUCUUGGCCUCGAGCCGCUCGCCUCCGAGCGUGGUGUUGCUUCUUUUUCAUAAUUUAUGUCCAGCAUUUACAUAACCUUAGAGAAGAGGAAAAACUGCGAAACAGUGGAUAGAUGGCGUGAUCUAACAAUUAUCAAAUUUGAACCCGUACUGAUAAGGAUGAAAGCUUGGUUGGAGAUCGGAUUUCUUAACUUGAAGUUUCUUUCAACAGCUGGCAUUGAAACAAUGGUUAUAUCUGCUAUUCAAAAUAAAAAUGGUUCUAAAGGAAAAAUGUAAAAAACCAUACAGAAAUAAAACCAAGUGCUCAUAAAGCGCACUGAGCUUCUCGUGACUCAGGGAAAGUGCAACAUUAAACUCAACUUGUCACACUAUUCUACACUUCCACACCUCCGAGAAGUGUGGAACUAAGUAAAGAAUGACAAGGGGUUCUUAACAGGGGGAAAAGUGCGACAAUAUCCUUACUUUGUCAGACUAUUCCACAGUUCCAGACCUCUGAGAAGUGUGGAACAAGGUGAAGAAUGACAAGGGGUUCAUGACUGGGGGAAAAGCGCGGCAGUAUCCUUAGUUUGUCACACUAUUCCACACUUCCACACCUCUGGGAAGUGUAGAACUAAGUAAAGAAUGACAAGGGGUUCUUAACAGGGGGAACUGUGCGACAAUAUCCUUACUUUGUCAGACUUUUCCACACUUCCACACCUCUGAGAAGCGUAGAACUAAGUAAAGAAUGACAGUGGUUUCGUAUGACCAGGGGAAAAGUGUUACAUUAUCCUGACUUUGUCAGACUUUUCCACACUUCCACACCUCUGAGAAGUGUAGAACAAAGUAAAGGAUGACAAGGGGUUCAUGACUGGGGGAAAGUGAGACAAUAUCCUUACUUUCUCAGACUUUUCCACACUUCCACACCUCUGGGAAGUGUAGAACUAAGUAAAGAAUGACAAAGGGUUGAUGACUGGGGGAAAGUGAGACAAUAUCCUUACUUUGUCAGACUUUUCCACACUUCCACACCUCUGGGAAGUGUGGAACUAAGUAAAGAAUGACAAAGGGUUCAUGACUGGGGGAGAGUGAGACAAUAUCCUUACUUUGUCGGACUUUUCCACACUUCCACACCUCUGAGAAGUGUGGAACUAAGUAAAGAAUGACAAAGGGUUCAUGAGUGGGGGAAAGUGAGACAAUAUCCUUACUUUGUCAGACUUUUCCACACUUCCACACCUCUGGGAAGUGUAGAACUAAGUAAAGAAUGACAAAGGGUUGAUGACUGGGGGAAAGUGAGACAAUAUCCUUACUUUGUCGGACUUUUCCACACUUCCACACCUCUGAGAAGUGUGGAACUAAGUAAAGAAUGACAAAGGGUUCAUGAGUGGGGGAAAGUGAGACAAUAUCCUUACUUUGUCAGACUUUUCCACACUUCCACACCUCUGGGAAGUGUAGAACUAAGUAAAGAAUGACAAAGGGUUGAUGACUGGGGGAAAGUGAGACAAUAUCCUUACUUUGUCAGACUUUUCCACACUUCCACACCUCUGGGAAGUGUGGAACUAAGUAAAGAAUGACAAAGGGUUCAUGACUGGGGGAGAGUAAGACAAUAUCCUUACUUUGUCGGACUUUUCCACACUUCCACACCUCUGAGAAGUGUGGAACUAAGUAAAGAAUGACAAAGGGUUCAUGACUGGGGGAAAGUGAGACAAUAUCCUUACUUUGUCAGACUUUUCCACACUUCCACACCUCUGGGAAGUGUAGAACUAAGUAAAGAAUGACAAAGGGUUCAUGGGUGGGGGAAAGUGAGACAAUAUCCUUACUUUGUCGGACUUUUCCACACUUCCACACCUCUGGGAAGUGUGGAACUAAAUAAAGAAUGACAAAGGGUUGAUGACUGGGGGAAAGUGAGACAAUAUCCUUACUUUGUCGGACUUUUCCACACUUCGACACCUCUGAGAAGUGUGGAACUAAGUAAGAAGUGAAGAAACUCUGGAUUUCAUGGCCAGGGCUGGACAUGGCUCCUUUUUUUCUUUCAUCAAUCUACGGUUGACCUUUGAAAACGACGAUGAUUAUAGUCAAACGACUUUUACCAGUUAUCUGUGAUUUUCCACAUUUUGUUUAAAAAAACCCUUGUCAUUUAACCCCGCAAUAUACUUAGGUCUAUUUACCAUUUAGUCGCGCAAAAAAAAUUGGGAUCAAAUUUGGACAUUGGAAAAGAUAUUGAAUAAUUGAAAAUAAGUCACUUGAAUGAGAUAAAAAAUCCUUGCAGAGAAAGAAGAACUAUAGAAAAACUAGCAAGCAUUUAUGAAAUGUAAUCCAUAUACCUAAUAGAGUAUAAAGGCGAGCUUUAUCCUCUCUAGACUGCAAAACAGUCGGUUUUUUUCUGAGAAUCAGUAAAGUAAAGCGUGGCGUAAGAGUCUUUAGCGUCUCUCCUUAGUCUCGCUCUCUGUUUUCAGCCUCGUUCCAGACAUUUUGUUUGAAACAUUUUGCUCACGCGUACUUGAACUGUUUGACUGUUUUGCAGUCUAUAUUCUCUCUUGGGAAGAUAGAUUAUCCGAGAGUCCAGCCAAGCUCUUCGAAUAACCAUUCAGAUCUAGCUUUUCUUACUUUACGCUAGAUUUUACGUCGUGCGUUUCAUUUUUGAGAAUCCAAGUCUAUGUAAGCUGGUUUUGUUUGCGGCAGUUAAUACAGUAACCCCCCCCCCCUCACCAAGAACGUGGAUUUUUCCAAGUGAGUCUCCUUUUAAACAUUUUCUUAUAUAAAUGGCGUUAGCAACAGUUUAGACUAUUUAUGAUCAACGUCUGUUGAACCGAAAGACUCGCCUGCGUAGCGCAAGCGUUUCCGUUUGGCUUCGGAGCAAAAAGAGACUAUGGAAGGGGAUUUUCGGUUUUGAUGGCGCGAGAAAUUAAACGAGAACCAAAAAAUAAAAUGUUUUACUUGUGCCAUUUUUCGCGCGGUUUUUGACUCUUGGUCCUCGUUCUUUAAUGCUCCUAAACCGCAUAGAAACGCUUGCUACGCAGGCUACCGAAGGACCUAUUCCUUUCCCAUAUUGUUCUCAAAUAUCACUUGGAGAAUUAUCUCAGAGCCAAUCAGCGCUAGUUUUUGGGACAGUAACUCGUGACGAACCCAUAAGAACGGUUGCGGGGGAGGCUAAAUACACUGUAGCUAAAAGUAUUUAGUGGUUCAGCUUUUUUCUCAUAUAAAAUCUGCAAACCAAAUUGUAAGAACAAUAGCUUUGAUCUCAUUGACGGCAUUGGCAUUUCUCUCCAAAGAAAAACUUGGGUCCCCAGUCCGCACGGGUUUUUUAACUCACCCCAGGUUUCUCUCAUAAUGCGUAAUCAAGAUGGCGGCCAUCAAUUUGUGAAUCCUUCAGCUCUUGGUUUCAUCUUAUUUUCCCUCGUGUUAUUUGAUUAAAACGGCAAAUUCUUGUUACCAAAGGUAAGGGAAUCUGACAUACAUAAUGGGUACUUUAGUUGUGAUAGUGAUAUGCUGAUUCGGUACUGAUCACGAACACACUGACGACUGAACUAGACCAGAGACUGGACGUACAUUUAUAAACUGUGUGACCUCGGGCUUCCUUUGAGCAAAUUUUCCAGGUAUAAAAGAGUUCAAAUGAGUAAGAUGGUUUAAUAUUUUAUGCUUUCAAGCAUGUUACGUUGCUUGGUAGGGAAAGAUACAUUUUGAUCGACAUGCCAUCAAAAUAUGAAAAGGAUAUACAUGUAUAAUUAUGGUUGAGGAAAGGACAUACAUACAUUUAUUAUUACUCCCUAAAAGCGCUUUUCAGCACCAAUAUUACAAGACAAAAAAGUAAAAAAGAAUAAUAAUCGUCCACUUUAAUAAAUGUAGCGAAUGUAUAAUAAUUAAUAUAUUAACAUGAUUUGCUUAAAUAUUCUCUAAAAAUACAUUGUUUAAAAUUGUCAUAGCUAGUUAACGUCCUUAGGUUCUUGCUUAAUCCGUUCCAGAUUUUAACCCAUAUAUAGGCAAAACGAUGCUGACCAGUUGCCAAGCGACAACAGGGAAUAUUAAGGUUGUUUACGCAUCGUGUUACCCUAAAGGAUGGCAAUGUAACUCGAAUGCUGACUAAAGGAGUGGAAGGCGAGUGGCAAGACAACAAAUUUACAGUACCAAUCAAAAGGAACUUACCAGUCGCAUCUCAUUUCCUGUGUGACGAGAAUUGCAUAGCACGAGAAUCAUUGAUGCAGCAAUUUUUGGCAUAGAUUGUUGAUGACACAUUCAGCGAGAAAUUAACCAAAAUUUUCUCUUAGUGUUACCUCAAAGACUGAGGUAAAAAAGGUUUAGAUUUUUGGUUAAGUUUCUUUCAAGAAGAUUUCUUUUAAGUUGUCAAUCACACUGCACACUGUUUAAUUGGAGUUUCUGACUUUUUGGAUUUGUUAGUGAUUGACAUUCUACUCUACAUUUGAUCAUGAUGUUUGGUUUGAAAUGCCAAAACCUGAAAGCCGCUUCUAGUUUCUUUGAUUUUUUGGAAUGAACAAACCAACAUGAAAAGAAUCAAAUAUACUGCAAAUUGCUAGCAAUGAGUCUCUCAACAAAAAAAAAUGUCAGCUCUUGUGAUGUGUUGUAGUUCAUGUGUAGUGGCAACUUUCACAGAUGAGAUAUCAACAGCAUCUUUAUUAAAAAUUCAACUUGGCUUACAAUCACGAAAUAAUGUUAGCUUAAUUUGUUCUUUAUAGCUUUUAACAUCAGUUUCUUCUUGAUUUAUGAAAGAAAAUUGUCUUGAAUUUAACAAAUUACAGCGGCCAAAGAAGACAACAGUUCAUUCGCUGAAAAGCAUUUUUUGCGUAACAGCAAAUCACAAAUCUGCACAGUGUCAAUACAUGUGUAAUUUAAAAACCUACUCCUUAAGUACUGUUUUUGUAUACUAAACAUUAUGACAACAUUCAGUUUUUAGUGCUUCGAUAAACUUACUAGUUUAAACUUUAUAAACAGCUCAAUGAACUGUAUGGUUUUCAAAUAUCCAAUAUAGAUUUCUUCUGGUAGAGUUCACUGGAACAUCCGUUUGUCUAAAGGAAGUCAAAAGCUGUGACAGUGCUUUUGGAAGCCAUGCCAAUCGGUCUACGAUUCAUUUCAGCUUGAAGCAUUUAGCAAAACCUGCAGGCAGUUACAAGUGAAGCUAAAUUUUGUAUCAUCCCAAAGUGUUUGGAAAAAAAUGUAGUUUUCAAGGUUGUGCAGUGGUUUUAAAGUGACUUUUUAUAAAAGCAUGUUUUGCACAAAUAUGUAAAUACCAAUCUUCUACAAAGUGAAUUAUAUGCAACAGUCUGCAGGAUGCAUAGGUAAGAAUUUGUAUGCGUGUUAGUCCUGGUAAAGCUUUACCACUCAUUCUUGUAAUCGGUUAAGAAUUUUGGCCAUGAUACUUACAGUUUUUAGACCAUGGUGCGUUACGUGAAUCGCAUAGCACACUACAGGAAUUACGUAGCAUGUGAAGCACGCGAAGAGAAUCAUGUAGCCCACGAUGUUAUUCGCAUCUUUCUUUUGAGCUGUACUGUAACCCGUAUAUUUGACAAAACAGUGUAGAUGAUAUAGGCAAGAUGACAAAAGUGUCAGAAAAUGUUGAUCAAAAUAGAGUGGCAAGAUUAAAACAGUCUACCAGUUAAAGCAUUUUGCAAAACUCUCACUUCCCUGAAAUUAGAUAGUGAGGAUCUCCAUUAUUAAAAGAGUUAUAAACUAAAAUGUAAUCUUUGAUAUAAUUUAACUAUGAAACUUUGUUUGAUCUAUCAAAAUCAUGUUGACUUUAAUAAAUUGUCAAACAACUCUAUGUGCUUUACAAAACUGCAUUGCUGAUACGGGUUUCACUGUUUAUUAUGAUGGGAGCCUGCGUAAUACACACCCCCUAAUUAUACAGAAACCUAUGUAUGUUUCUUUGGAGUCCUUAUUAACCAGGUUCUUUUCUAGUUGCUGGAAUAGCAGAAAUUUAACUACAGCUGGGCCCCUUUCCACAGCCCACAGGCAGAUCCUUCCUUAUAGUUCUCAAGCUAAGGCCUGCCGUUUGACCACAUAAGGGCUGCCAUCCGCCACUCUAUCCAGCAUUCCCACUCCAAGUCUUCUAGGUGAUCUCUCUUCCCAUGCCUUGGGGUAUGACCAAGCCAGGCUCUCUGUCCUCUGUAGAGGUCCUCAAAUACCAUAAUUAGAGGAAGUUAUCAUGCUACCCUCUCCAGCCCCACCCCCUUUUUUAAAUUAAAAAGUGAUUGACUGUAUUUAUUGAUCAUGACUACAAAAAUUUAUGUGGAGUCAUUCAGUAUGGUUUAUUCAAGUGGUGGAAGUUCAGAUUUUUUUUGAUCUUCAGUUGCACAACAUCCCACUUUAUGUGUGUAAACAUUGCUACUUAACUGUACAUUUUAAUUUGUUAUAAAAAAAUUAAUUCCAUCUCCUGGUUGGUUGGUUGUUUCCUGGUACAAACAGGAAGUCAGAACUGUGACACUAGUCCUAUUCUUCUUCCUGCUAGGUGUGAGUUAUUUUACAAAACACAGGGGACUCUCUGAUCUGAAUACAAAGUCAAUGUUACAUUAACUGACUCCUGUUUUUAGGUGUGCAGUCAGAUGGUGCAUGGUCAGAAACCACCUUUUUCUUCAGCAGUUGUUCUUUACAAUAAUAAUUAUUUCUAAUUUAUUUUCCAAAUAUCCCUCUCAACUUUUAAACUAUUUGUUACAGACCUUGUUUUCACUAGCUGGCCUCAAAGUCUGUUCAAUGUAUUGCCCAAUAAAAUACAAAGAAUGUUACAUUUACCUAAUAAUGUUUGUGCUUCCUGUUAAAAGGUGCCCUAACCAUAACACAUUAAAAGAGGAACAAGCCCAAUGUCCUUUGAGUGCCAGCAGUGUGGCAAGUAUUUUAGCCAAGCAAGACAGCUAAGGACUCAUGAAAGAGUCCACAAUGGGGAAAAGCCUUUUGAAUGUAAACAGUGUGGCAAGCGUUUUAGUCAAGCAGGAAACCUAAGGAGUCAUGAAAGAGUUCACACUGGGGAAAAGCCUUUUGAAUGUAAACAGUGUGGCAAGUGUUUUAGUAAAGCAGGACACUUAAGUCGUCAUAAGAGAGUUCAUACUGGGGAAAAGCCUUUUGAAUGUAAGCAGUGUGGCAAAUGUUUUAGCCAAACAGUUCACUUAAAGAUUCAUAAUCGAGUUCACAGUGGUGAGAAACCUUAUGAAUGUAAACAGUGUGACAAGUGCUUUAGCACAGCAGGAGAACUAAGGCGUCAUGAAAGAGUUCACACUGGGAGAAAGCCUUUUGAAUGUAAAGAGUGUGGCAAGUGCUUUAGAGAAGCAGGACACUUAAGUUGUCACAAGAGAAUUCACACUGGAGACAAGCCUUUUGAAUGUAAACAGUGUGGCAAGAGAUUUAGCACAGGUGGAGAGCUAAGUAGUCAUAAUCGAGUUCACAGUGGUGAGAAACCUUUUGAAUGUAAACAGUGUGGCAAGUGCUUUGGCACAGCAGGAAAACUAAGGAGUCAUGAAAGACUUCACACUGGUGAAAAGCCUUUUGAAUGUAAACAGUGUGGCAAGUGUUUUAGUCAAGGAGGACACUUACGUCGUCAUAAGAGAGUUCACACUGGGGAAAAACCUUUUGAAUGUAAACAGUGUGGGAAGUGCGUUAGCACAGCAGGAGAACUAAAGAAUCAUGAAAGGGUUCACACUGGGGAAAAGCCUUUUGAAUGUAAACAGUGUGGCAAGUGUUUUAGUCAAGCAGGAAACCUAAGGACUCAUGAAAGAGUUCACACUGGGGAAAAGCCUUUUGAAUGUAAAGAGUGUGGCAAGUGCUUCAGUGUAGCAGGACACUUAACUCGUCAUAAGAGAGUUCAUACUGGGGAAAAGCCUUUUGAAUGUAAAAAGUGCGGCAAAUGUUUUAGCCAAACAGUGCACUUAAGGACUCAUAAUCGAGUUCACACUUGUGAGAAACCUUAG